UUUUGCUUUCGCAAUCAAUUCUUAUCUGCGGUAGUUACAACAAAAAUAAAUAUAAACAAAUGUAGACUGAAGCGAAUUAACAUCAAUUUAAAUGCAAUUGUGCUAAAGCGGACUACAAAAGCAUUUCUUUCAUUCAUUUGGCGUAUUGCCAAAAACUUGCAGCAUUGAACUGCAUUAGACGGCAAAAAAAUUCAGGCAGCCAGCUGAGCAACAACGACAACGGCAACUACAACACCUGGUCGAAACUUAUCGCCGUCGCAAUCGCGGACCCUCAGCCCUAAGUACGCAACAAGCAAUAUAAAGUCGAAUUAUCGUUCAGACAGCUGACGAAUUCAGUGGAUAAACGUGUGCACAUAAAACACAACAAGUAUACGACAAUUGAACAAUUACGUAAGACGCAAUUCCAGACGAUGCCUGAAGAAACAUCUGUUGCCAAUAUCGAUGUGGACAAACCGCUGUUCGAUGUCAAGACAUUUACGGGUCGGUUUCAGUACUAUGCCUGGAUGACGGAUCCACGCACUGUGCUCCUGUCUAGCGAUCGUCUGCUGCAGGCCAAGCAAAUGGUGGAUAAGUAUCGUGCUGGAGAGCCCGCCAAGGAUUUGAAACCCUCUGAAGUGCACUACAAUAUGAAGCUAUAUAACUCGGCUUUUCAUCCCGAUACGGGGGAAUUGCAAAACUUUGCCGGUCGCAUGAGUUUUCAGGUGCCCGGUGGUAUGUUAAUCACUGGUGGCAUGCUGGCCUUUUAUCGCACCGUGCCCGCUGUGGUGCUCUGGCAGUUCCUCAAUCAAUCCUUCAAUGCGGUCGUUAACUACACCAACCGUAAUGCCAACUCCCCCACCAGUGUGAAGCAGUUGGGCGUCGCCUAUGUGUCGGCCACCACCUCGGCAUUGAUUGCCGCCAUUGGUUGCAAGAACUAUUGGUCCAAAAAGGCCACACCCAUACUGCAACGUUAUGUACCGUUUGCAGCUGUGGCAGCCGCCAACUGUGUCAACAUUCCCUUGAUGCGUCAGAACGAAAUCCUUCAUGGCAUUGAGGUGAAGAAUGCCGAUGGCGAGGUUGUGGGUCAGAGUCGUUUGGCCGCCGUUAAGGGCAUCAGUGAGGUGAUCUUCUCGAGAAUCACGAUGGCUGCACCCGGCAUGCUGGUGUUGCCGAUUAUUAUGCAGCGUCUGGAGAAGUUGCCGGCCUACAAACGCAUCAAGUGGAUCAAUGCGCCAUUCCAAACGCUUCUGGUGGGCUGCUUCCUGUGCUUCAUGGUGCCCACAGCUUGCGCCAUAUUCCCGCAACAAUGUGGUUUGGAUACCUCAACAAUGCGCACUUUCGAGCCGGAACUCUACGAGGAUAUGGUCAAGCGUACAAAUGGCGCUGUGCCAAAGCGCGUCUACUUCAACAAAGGUCUAUAAGUAAGGUACUCAAAUGGAAGUGGAUCUUAGACAAUAAUGUGCUAGUUGUUGCUUGUCGUCGUCUUAGGCAUUUACAAAGAAUAGGCGCAACGUGUUCGUUUUGUUCCUUAACUCAUCUCAGUAGACGUUAGUUAUUAAGCCUAAAAGUAUCUCACAAUUUCAGUGUUUUCUGUCUUGUUUUAUGUGUUUUAUAUGUCAUUAGAAAUUCAGCACACAUUGUGUGCUCUCAAAAGUUCAGAGCUACGGCUACAACGUUCAAGUUGUAAUUAAUUCGUUUUUUGUUUUUAUGUAAAACUGUGCUACAUAUGUAUAUCUGAUAUUCAAAUGUGUUUAUAUACUCACGAUGAACAAAAAUGCUCUAGAUACAGUUUAAAAUUGAUUUAUAGAACUGCCAGUUACAAUAUGUUUGAGGCUUUACUUUUGAUAUUUCAAUGAAUUGUGAUUCUUUUUAAGUUCUUGUCCAAGUGGAGAUUAAAACCACAUCCAGUCCUUGUCAUCAAUAGGUUGUUUUAUGUUUUAGAUCAAAUUUGUAUUGUAAUGUUCACUAAUAAAUAACAAAAUACGAAAGUUGAAAAUAAAAACUUUGAAAAUG